UCUCGAUUGAGAACCACAAGAUGACGAUCAUGUUGCAACUCUUUUUAUUCACGCUGGUAGUGAUGACGGUCACGGCGAGACCCUCGUUCUUGAUACACGAAGGCCACGGUCUUGGGACAGUUGAGCCCAAGCUCAUCUCACAAUCGGUACAUUUGCACGAGGUGCCGACUAAGGUGAUCAAGAUCACCAAAACAGUAGCCAUCAAGGUUCCUGUGCCGUACCCCGUUAAGGUACCUCAUCACAUCCCAUUUCCGGUGCCGGUAAAACAUCCCAUUGCGGUUCCAGUACCGCAGAUAGUGAAAGUGCCGCAGCACGUGCCAGUGCCAGUGGAGAAGCACGUCCCGGUGGAACUGCAUCAGCAGGUGCCGUUCCUGAUAUCUAAAGCGGUGCCUGUGCCACAUCCGGUCCCCGUACCACAUCCGGUUACUUUGACCAAGCCGAUCUUCAUCCCGGUGCCGAAGGCGAUCCCGAUUCCGCAAUCGAGCCACGAUGAAGGCGGUAUUUCAGUUGGAGCCGGAGGCGGAGGCGAAGGUGAUCAUGCCAGCCACGAGACAACCAACUACAACACUUACACCUCUCAAGGCCGUGAAACCUACGAUCAGCAGAGUAGCGGCCAGCGGGCCCAGUUCCAGUCAUCCCAGCGCGACUACUCGGCGAAUCAUUAGCUUUCGAAAUGCGACAGCUCGAUUGAUUACAACAGUGUGCGAGGUCUGGUGCGACUGAAAGGAAAAGUAAAUCGAGAAGUAAAUCAUUGACGUAUGAUACACGCGAGCGGAUCACUUUGAAAGCGGUUUAAGCGAAAUGAUAAAGGGCUUUGACAAGUAAAAUACCAGUACUAGAUAACAGGGCCUUUUUGGAAACUUUACUCAUUCCACUUUCAAUGUUGACGGCUCUAUAUAUAUAAA